AUGUCCACUAAGCUAGAACAACAUUAUCAAAAGGUCAUUGACGAAAAGGACCUAGAACAACUAAGAGAUGUCCUUGUCUCCAAGGACUCUGAACUAGCCAACAGAUUCAGAGCUUUAUUCAACCUAAAGUGUGUUGCUGAAGCCUUUGAAAAGGACCCUGAAGAUGCUAACAAGGCUGUUCAAUACAUUGCUGAAACAUUUGUUGAUGAUUCUGAACUUUUGAAGCACGAAGUCGCUUAUGUUUUAGGUCAAACCAAGAACAUGACUUCUUGUCCAAUUCUAAGAAAGGUUAUGUUGGAUGCUCAACAACAACCAAUGGUUAGACAUGAAGCUGCUGAAGCUCUAGGUGCUUUAGGUGAUUUAGAUUCUCUUGAUGAUUUAAAAACCGUUCUAGAAAAGGAUCCACAUCCAGCUGUUCAACAAACUGCAGAAUUGGCUAUUGGUAGAAUUAACUGGGCUCACAGUGCUAAGGCUGAAGAAGAACAAUUACAAGAAUCUUUAUACAGUAGUACUGAUCCAGCUCCACCUCUAGCUUUAGACAAAAACUACAAGGUUGCUGAAUUACAAAAAUUAUUGACUGAUCAAGAAAAGCCAAUGUUUGAAAGAUACAGAGCCAUGUUUAGACUAAGAGAUAUUGGUACUAAUGAAUCUAUCUAUGCUUUAGCUACUGGUUUUGAUGAUCCAUCUGCUUUAUUCAAGCAUGAAAUUGCUUAUGUUUUCGGUCAAAUGGGUAACCCAGCCGCUGUUCCAAGACUUGUUGAAGUUCUAGCUAGAAUGGAAGAAGCUCCUAUGGUUAGACAUGAAGCUGCUGAAGCUCUUGGUGCUAUCGCUACUCCAGAUGUUGUUCCAGUUCUAAAGAUGUACUUGAACGAUCCAGUUGAUGUUGUUAGAGAGUCUGCCAUUGUUGCUCUAGACAUGUACGAAUACGAAAACUCCAACGAAUUGGAAUACGCUCCACCAGCUGCUGCCAACUAG